ACAGCUCUUUUUGUUAACUUGAUUUUAUUGUCAUACAUGGCAGUGCAUGCUGUGCUGCGUCGCUGCUUUCUAAACUCCAUUGUUUUACGCGGUGCGGCGGAAGAGAGUCAAACGUUCAACGGGAGUCUCCAGUUCCCUCCUCGGGUCAGAGCGGAGGGCGAAGGCGUUCUCCGUUACCAAGGCGACGGUCAGCUAACAGGGCUAGGCUACCGUCGCGAGGCUAGCGGGGCUAAUAGCUAGCACCCGAACUGAGACUUUCUGUUCCUUUUGACUCUCGCAAAAAACAAAAUCUCCGUACAUUUAAAACCCCGUUGACAUGACAGGUGCGCGUGGGGUGAAGACUCGACGUGCGCGCGCCCGCUGAGACACAAAGGAAUGCAUCGCUACAAAACAAUCAAGAAAAUUGGGGAAGGCACAUUUUCAGAUGUGUUGAAAACUCAGAGCCUGAAAGAUGGGAAGUUCUACGCAUGUAAAACCAUGAAGCAAACCAUAAACAGUCUGGAGCAGGCCAACAAUCUGCGGGAAGUCCAGGCAAUGAAGAGACUGAGCCCUCAUGCAAAUAUCAUCCAGCUCCAUGAACUGAUUUUUGACAAAGAAACUGGAACUGUGUCUUUGAUUUGUGAGCUGAUGGAGAUGAACAUCUAUGAGUUCAUACAAGGAAGACAAACGCCACUGCCUGAUACUACAGUAAAGAACUACAUGUACCAGCUGUGCAAGUCACUUGAACACAUGCACAGCUGUGGGAUCUUUCACAGAGACGUGAAGCCAGAAAACAUUCUCAUCAAACAAAACGGUCUGAAGCUCGGCGACUUUGGCUCGUGUCGGAGCGUCUACUCCAAGCCGCCGCACACGGAGUACAUCUCCACGCGCUGGUACAGAGCACCCGAGUGCCUCCUCACUGACGGGUACUACGGCUUAAAGAUGGACAUGUGGAGUGCUGGUUGUGUCUUCUUUGAGAUCAUGAGUUUGCGUCCUCUCUUCCCUGGAACCAAUGAGUUGGACCAGGUCGCCAAGAUCCACGAUGUGUUGGGGACACCAGAUCUGAGUAUUCUCCAAAAGUUAAAGCAGUCUCGAGCGCUACAUUUCAACUUCCCCCCGAAAAAAGGAAGCGGUAUCUCGCGGUUGGUCCCUCACUGCCCGCCUCCAGCUCUGUCACUCCUCUAUCAGAUGCUCGCCUACGACCCCGAUGAACGCAUCACGGCAGAAACGGCUCUACGGCACACAUACUUUAGGGAAACCAGGCAGGCUGAGAAGAAAGUCGAGACUUUUCAAAGAGUAUCUGUGACUAUGGAUGGACUCGAGAGUGGCGGGACACACAACGCCUUAGACCACAUCUGGCGCCCAGCCAGACUCGGCAAGCAGCUGAGAGGAAGACACACGAGGCAAACCCCUUUAAUAAGCCACAACACGAAGCACGUCGUGGAGCCGCUGAUCCGACGGAACGGCCCUCAAAAUUCCACGGAGCUACCUAAGCUCAACAUGGUCGGGCCCGGGUCACAGACCUCCUCCUUCCCGGUCUGCUCUCUGCCUGCAUUCACCCACCGAGGCACUCUGCCGAGCAUCACGUCCAAAAAGUUCCAGUCGCGGUUGGCGAAGCCCCGGGAUGAGUCGCACCGCGUGGCUUUCAAGACCUUCUACAUUCCACCUCUGGAUAGGAAGCGUGGAGGCUCCUGAGGAUCAAAAAGACUUCCAACGGAUCAUUGGAAAACGUCCUUCCUAAAACUGGAUAGACCGAUACUGUUAAACAAAUUGUGGAGGGGACAAUGUUUGGACCGGGCCAGAUGUUGAAAUCUAUGAAGCAACACAAGCACGGCAAGAAAUGCAAUCAACACCGCCACGCCGGUCAUAUUCCCAGUUGUGACUGCUCUCAUCGAGCUGUUUUUAGUCCAUAAGAUUACAUUGGAUUAAGAGUGAAGUUUGGUUAUGACCUCAGUUUUACUUGACAAUAGUCAGGUGUUACAUGUUUACAACUGUUAAGAAAUAUACUUAAAUCUGAGCCUAUUACACCAGCGAAGCAAUAACAGCCAUUUACCAUGGUGAGUGGAAUGGUAUUGAAACUGAUUAAUCCCGUUGGAAGGAUUUUUAUUGCUGUGUAUUAUUUUUGAGCACCAAGCAUUUCCUCAGAUUUGCGUGACGCCGACUUCAAGGGAAUCGCUGUGUGGCUGUGCGGGUCCGCCGGUUUUUAAUUCUGUGAGAUAUUUCCUCGAUCCAGCACCCCGCCCAACCGGACACUGAACGCGCGUGUCUUUUUUUCUAUUUUUUCUGAAUGAAAUGGUUUAAUAUAUUUGAUGAGUGACGUGGUCAACUUCCUCGGAAACAGGGUGCCUUUUAAAAAGUCGUCACAACCCUCGGA